CAUAGCCGUAGCAGGUCAAGCUCAUAACUCUAAAUAUGGUACAGGUGCUAGGUCCGAUUCGGUUCCUCGUGUUGCUAUGGAUACCAACGUUCACCGCAUCGCAGCAACACCAAGUACAUGUGACAGUUUCUACUGACAGCGUUGUGCAUGAGGUCGACGACAUGUUUGUUGGGGUGACCAUCGACAGCUAUAUCUUGCGGGCAGGGUUUGAAAGACACCAUCUCAGUUCACCAAAUCUCCAGAAGCUUGUGAAAGAACUCGUUCCCUCAUAUCUGAGGGUCGGGGGAACCUCGGCUGACCAUGUCGUGUUUGAUCCCCAUGCCACACAGCAUAGCUCCAACGCAGCAUCGCCGUUCAAACUAUUGGCUGAAGACUGGGAUAUUCUUAACAAGUUUGUUCAUAACACGGGGGUGAAGCUUAUAUUCGACCUUAAUAUUUUACUGCGGAAGCAAGGAAAGUGGGACCCAUCGAAUGCUGAAUUGUUGCUUAAAUACUCGUCACAGAAAGGCUACCAUAUUGCUGGAUUCGAACUGGGAAAUGAACCAAAUGUGUUUCAUCACAACGCAAACAUCACAUUAUCGGACGCCCAACUCGCCAAUGACUUUGCACAGCUGAAGCGGGUCCUCCAAGGUACGUCGUAUAAGUCCAGCCUCAUCGUAGGACCAGAUGUGACUGUCACUCAUGCAUCUGGGGUAAAAGGAUUUUUGUCUCAUGGUGGGGCAAGCGCGGUUGAUGUCGUGAGCUUCCAUCACUAUUACGUCAAUGGUGAAACCUCGAAGGUUUCUGAUUUCUCACAUCCUGCAACACUUGACAGUCUUGUAGGACUGGUAAAGAGCGCUAUUGCCGCCGUGCAUGCUGUUGCGCCAGGAAAGCCAGUAUGGCUGGGGGAGACAGCAUCAGCUUACAAGGGAGGCACCCCCAACGCCUCUGAUAGAUACGCCUCCGGUUUCCUGUGGCUUGAUAAACUUGGUGUCUCGGCUAGAUAUGGAAUUAAAGGCGUAUUGCGACAGGUCCUCCUCGGCGGAAAGAAUGGGCUUAUAAGUUCGUCCAACGAUCCUCUACCUGAUUUCUGGCUGACUGUACUGUACAAGAGGUUGGUUGGUAACAAAGUAUUUGAUGUUCACUCUUCAACUAAAAACCUCCGGAUCUAUGCCCACUGCAUCAAACACACGAACAUGUACAACUACAAACCAGGAAGUGUAACGGUGUAUGUCCUGAACGUGAACACGGCGUCAGCACAACUCCACUUCCCACAUCUACACAGCCAGCAUCACAUGGACGUCUUCUGGCUCACUCCUGAUUGGGGGAAUGUGGAGGCAGGGAAGGUUCAUCUCAAUGGAAAACUACUGACGUUCGUCAACAGCCAGAUACCUCAACUGUCACCGAAAACUGUCACAACCGGGUCAGUGACUGCCCCCGGAAAGUCCUUCGGCUUCAUCGUAAUGCCUGACGCUAAUGUUGCAGCAUGUAAAUCGCAAAGUCACGGCCCAAUUAUUGGCUAACAGUGCAAUUGUAGUUGUUAUUGCAAUAAAUAUUUUGUCUCA